AUGAAGUUGGAAAUGCCAUUACACCUCUCUGUGUCAUUUGAGAUCGUGUGUGUUGUGGUGUAACUACGGCUCAGAGAAUUUCAUUUACAUUUUAGUCAUUUAGCAUACGCUCUUAUCCAGAGCGACUUACAGUUAGUGCAUUUAUCUUAAGAUAGCUAGGUGAGACAACCAUUUCAUGGUCAGGUCAUGUGGUCAGGUUGACCUGACUAACUAUAGGUUCCUUAGACACUACAGGAGUCUACAGCGAUGGAGGGGGGAAGUAAAACUGAGUAGGGUGCAGGAAACACCAUUACACCUCCUCUCUCUCUCUCUCUCUCUCUCUCUCUCUCUCUCUCUCUCUCUCUCUCUCUCUCUCUCUCUCUCUCUCUCUCUCUCUCUCUCUCUCUCUCUCUCUCUCUCUCUCUCUCUCUCUCUCUCUCUCUGUAUCAUCUGGACCAAUGUGUUGUCUUGUUAUCCAUCUACUGUAUCUGGCUCCUGAAUCCUGUAAUAUCCUGUAUCUAACCUCGCUUUCUCUCUCUCUCUCUCUGUGUUCCUGUCUUCUUCCAGGAGAGCCCACCUGCGUCUGUGUUUGGAGAGGUUGAAGGCCCUCAUCCCUCUGGGAAAAGACUGUAACCGCCACACCACCCUGGGGCUGCUCAACAAAGCCAAAUCACAUAUUAAGGUAGCUAUACUGCACGGACACAUGCAAACUUAUGACCUGUUAAAAGAGCUCUUCAAAUGCUUUAAACAUGUAUGACAAAUGUUUUGACAUUUUCCAUUGAUUGAUUUGAAGUUGUAUGAAGCUUUACUAUUGUAACACAAACAACACAUUUGACUGGUAACCAAUGAUCCCUCUAAGCUGCCUGUGUGCCCCUGGGACUGCCGCGCAGAAGAAAUAUCACCCCGCGCAGAGAAGCACAAGAUUGAACUUCACUCAACUCUCUAGAGUUCUCCCCGUUAAUUAACAAUAUCAACGUUUCCCUUUUUUGGGGAAUUGUGAUCGAAUCAAUGCAAUUAUUAUUAGCCACUUUCAUUGCAACAUUAUUUGGAGACGGUCUUGAAUAAGCUAAGUAGCCAAUAGGGUAGCAUAAUUUGCUGAUUCUCUGUAAUAAUGGUAUGGGAAUAAUAAUGCAUUUUAUUUUGUAAAGUGGUUUCUUGCAUCAAACAACACAACAAAAUGUUCAGGAUAAACAGGUUAAUGUCAAGCCCUGCAUGUUUUGUGUUCAAAAGUCUCAUGGAAUGUUGGCCUACGUUGAACACCACACAUUGGCUGCUACUGUAGGCUGAAUGAUAUGAUGUUAUGUGAUGCAUAUUCUCCAUAGUUUUUUAUGGUAGUCCUACAUUAUGAUCAAAUAGCCACAGUAGCCUACUUGGCCCCUGUUAAAACUGUAACUUAAAGCAGGUACAGCCUCAGUGUUCACAAUAAACGCGCGCUGGAAGUUGCACAGAACUUUCACAACGUUUAAGUUUGCGCUCAGCAGACCUGAAAUUUGCUCACUGGCGGAAUUUCUUUGGAGGAAACCUUGCUAGUAAUGACAAACAUGUUGCUUGGGUAUGAAACUAUGGCCGUGCAGCUUCCCCACUACUAACAGCCACCUGAAUGAGAUUAGUAUGGAGAUGGAGAUCAAUGACAUUGGCCCUGACAAUGACACAGAAACAUGGAAUGAAUGGCUGCAUUGUUGUUGCAUGUCUCUCUUUCUCUCACUCGCUCUUUCUCUCUCUCACUCUCUCUCCCCCUCUCUAUCUUUCUGUCUCCCCCCUCUCUCUCUAUCUCUUUCACUCCCCCCCCCCCCUCUCUCCCCCCUCUCUCUGUCUCACUGUGCUCUAGCUGUCAGCUCUAGUCUUUAUCAAGUAUUGACGUGACUCUGUGUAACAGCAGUAGUAAACAAAUGCAUCGUAAACAAAACACUGAUACAAGAUAAACAACGGCACGUCUGGAAAGACAGAUAGUUGCUUCUGUGUUGGACUGUUGGGUGAUUUCCCUUCCAAAGGUUAGAGUUAGCCUAGUUCAGGAGACAGGAUACUAAAGCCUGUUGCUGACAUUGUUAUAGCGUUUGGAGAAUUGAUUGGAGGUUUCAUUGACUCCUCUAUCUCUCAUCCUCUUCCCAGUUUUUUGACUACUUCCUUAUUUAUAUUUACAUUUUAGUCAUUUAGCAGACGCUCUUAUCCAGAGCGACUUACAGUUAGUGAAUACAUAUCUAUUUAUACUGGCCCCCCGUGGGAAUCGAACCCACAACCCUGGCGUUGCAAAUGCCAUGCUCUAUCAACUGAGCUACAUCCCUGCCGGCCAUUCCCUCCCCUACCCUGGACGACGCUGGGCCAAUUGUGCGCCGCCCAUGAGUCUCCCGGUCGCGGCCGGCUGCGACAGAGCCUGGAUUCGAACCAGGAUCUCUAGUGGCACAGUUAGCACUGCGAUGCAGUGCCUUAGACCACUGCGCCACUUAUCUCUAUCUCUCCCUCCACCCCCCUCUCCCACUGUCACUAUCCCUCUGAGAAUAUCUUCUCCAUCAACCUUGCCCGCUAAAAUAAACAUUCAAAUCAAUUCAUAACCACAUUCAUCUCUUUCUUCUCUCCUAUAGAAACUUGAACACACCUGGUAAAAUAUACAUUUUAAAUAGAUAAAGGAACACAAAGGAUAGCAACUCGUCAUGGCUCUGUGGGUGUGGUGGGGGCGGUGGCAGGUGCUCUUUGGAAACGGGUAUACAAAUACAUUUUGUUCAAGAUAAAUAAACACACUUUCUCUCUCCCUUCUCUUCUCUCCUCUCUCCCUCCUCUCCUCUCUUCUCCCCCUCUUCUAGAAACUUGAAGAGGCGGAACGUAAGAGCCGUAACCAGCUGGACAGUCUGGAGAGGGAGCAGAGGCACCUCCAGCGCCAGUUGGACCUGCUGCAGGGGGGCACUGGGGCCGGGGUAGGAGGCACUGGGCCGGGGGAGGGAGAGAGGAUACGCAUGGACAGCGUGGGCUCCACCAUCUGCUCCUCCGAGCGCUCCGACUCUGACCAAGGUGAGCGACCGUGAACGCCAAUAAGGAUCUUUGUCAGAUUUGAGUUUUUAUUUCAAUGUAUCACACACAUAAGCACAGCAGUUAAAGAGACAUUUGGACUUUGCACACUAGUUCCCUAUUCUUAGGAUAACUAGAAUGAUUUGUUUCUGCACAGAAAUCCACCAAACUUCUCAGUUUAGUAGUGUUCCUGUUAAGUUCCAAGAAGCUCUUGUUUAGAGUGUAUUAUUCUAACGUUCUGCUCUUCUCUCUCUCUCUCUCUCUCUCUCUCUCUCUCUCUCUCUCUCUCUCUCUCUCUCUCUCUCUCUCUCUCUCUCUCUCUCUCUCUCUCUCUCGCUUUCUCACCUCGCUCCCCCUCGACAGAGGAGAUUGAGGUGGACGUGGAGUCUACAGAGUUCUCGGAGCACGGGGAGCUGGACUCGGUUUCUACGGCCUCCACCAGCGAUCUAGACGACCACAGCAGCCUCCAGAGUCUAGCCAGCGACGAGGGCUACUCCAGCUGCAGCAUCCUCAAACUCUCCUCAGCCUUCUCAGGAUCCUCCUCAUAG